UACCGCUCCAGCGGCCUGGCGCGCCGAGGUCGGGUGGAAGCCGCCUGCUCGCUUUAUCUCAGCACCGGCGACAAAGAGCAGCUGUAGAUUUAUGGUAAUGUCAAGCAGUUUGGGACUUCAGCCUAAACAGAUCAAUAUGGAACACCAUAUCCCAAUUCACCCUUUACCUGAAGAUAUCCAACAGAUGUCCCAGAAUGAGACCGUUUGUAAAUAUUGUGGAGUUAGUUACCUGAUACAUCACGAAUUUAAAUUAAUGGAAGAAAAAGUAAAAGCAAUGGAAGCAGAAUUGGAAUAUUACCGUGACAGUGUUGUCCGGGAAAAGAAAUUGCAAGGAGAGCUUUAUUCAAUAAACCAGUGUGUGGAACAGCUGAAAAAUGAUAACGGAGAGAAGACUGAACGAUUGAACGUCAUGAGUGGGCAACUAGCGGCCAAACAGAAAGAACUGGAGGACACGCUUCUGAAAAUGGAUGUCAUUUCAGGCCAGCUAAUAGAAGCACAGAGCCAACGAAAACUUUUCAGGGAAAGAACAAAGCGGCAAGGACACGUUGUGGAGCAAGCUGCCUCUACCCUUCAUGGAAUAAGGGUUGAGCUAGCUAAGCUAAAGGAGGACGUAAGGGGCAACUUGGCGAUAUGGGACCCUUUCAGCAAAACUCUGGCGCACUGCCUGAAGGUCACAAACAGUUCUGUACAGUUGGAAAUAUUUGGAUUGCAAGAAAGCGUUAAGAAAUCAAACGAGGAGGUUGAUGCUCUUCAACAUCAAGUAAAAGAACUGCAUCUUUCAACAAGUACGGUUGUAUCACAAACCCAACAAAUUAAUGACUUAGCACAGAAGAAGUCCGUGCUUCAAAUCAGAUGUCAUGAGUUGCAGGAGCAUGCACUCGAUCUGGAAAAUCAAGUUAACACUCAGCAGCUACAUUUCCAGAAAGUUACCGAGGAAAAGGAACACGGCAAAGAAUUGUUACUGAAUAAAUCUAAAGAAGUGGCAGAUCUUCUAUCAAGGCUAACUAAACUGGAGUGUGCACAUGAAGAACAGCAAUCCAGACAUUGCAAGGAAAUAAAAGAAAAAGGUGAAAAAUGGCUGCGUUGUGUACAGACGUGUAAAGGCUUAGAAGAGCAACUGGAGGUGAAAGUCCGUAAGGAGUCAGAAGUGGAAAACCAAUCUUCAAAAUCUCUGAGUGAAAUUAUGACUCUAAAAGAUGCCCUUGGUCAAGUGGAGGAGAAGCUUGUGGCAUUAAAACAGGAAAGGGAACAGAUGAUAAUUUCACACCAAAACAGGAUUGAGCAGUUGCAAGAAAGCUUUCGACAGAAGUUAAGCAGUGAAGAAAGCUGGAGAGCAAAAAUGGAUUCAGAGUUAUCCAAGCAGCAUGCAAAACAUUCCACGGAUCUGAAGGAGUUAACACGGCAAAUGAAGGAAGAGGCAAAGUUUGAAAUAGAUAUUGAGAGAGAAAGACAUCAAGAACUGAUAACCAAAUGCAGAGAAGAAUACAAGGCACUCCAGACAAAGGUUCCCGAUUUAGUCAAUGCUGCAACCAAAGAAUUUCAGAUGGAAAUCAGUAGCGUGAAGAUAAAGCUUCAGGAGGCCCAGUGCCAACUCAGCCAGGAGGAGCACUGCAGAGACGAUGAAAUCAGUAAACUGGGAAAAAUAAUCUCUCGGCUGGAGACCCAGUUGAAACAGGAACAGAACAGAGUAGAGUCCAUGAACGAGGAGCUGAGGACUGAAGUGCAGCAGAAAUCUAUCGAGACAAGAGAAAGCCAACAGGUGAUACUGCAACUCAGAGAGGAGCUGUGCCAGACUGAGGAAGAGAAUACUUUCCUUGCGGAAACCGUGCGCAGAGAGUGCGAGGAGCGCUACGAGCUGACAGAGGCCCUCACUCAGGCCCGAGAACAACUGAAGGAAUUCAAGAAGCUGAGCAGAGAGCUUCCACGUUCUCAGCCGCCAGCCAGCCAAAGGAGCCUGAGCUCUUCGUCCUCGCACGCGAGCAGCCAGGCGCGCAAGUCACAAAGCUCCCCCUCCAACAGCAGUUGGUCAAAAGCCAACGGCUUGCAAGGGCUCCCGGCAAGAACCAGUCCCUUAAACAGUGCCGGCUGCACCUCUUUACCAGCCAUCCCAGUGAUGCACCCAGCAAAGGGGAGGACAGCAUCUGUCAGUGAAAUCAAACAGAGGAUUGCAGCGGCUGUAAAAAGAAAAUAGUCUGGGUCCACAAUCAGGGUGUUUGCGAAUGGAAUCAAUGCGACCAGACUAUUCAUCAUUGUACAGGCUUGAAUAUAUUGGAUCCUAGUGAUGAACUUAAACCAUGUAUCUUCUGCAAAGUGGUCGUGCAUUCAUCUAAGUCAAGGUUACUAAUUGCAGUUUCCUAAUGAUCCUGACAAAUCAUGACCUGCUGACAAAUAGAAUGAUUCUCAAGUCCAUUGACGCAGCAUUCUUCCUUGUGCUUUCUCUGGUGCCCCGUAUGCUUUCAUUUUUAGCGUGGAGUACUCACAAUUUAGCAAGGUACUCACAAGUGUGUCCCAACUCAGGGCCUAUGUAUUUUCUUUAGCACACAUUCUAUUUCUAUCUUUUUGAAAUAUCCAAACAAAGCACUGGGACUCAUUUCCAAUCUUCAUCAGCUUUUAUGCCAGUAGGGACGGCACGGUAGCGCAGCAGGUAGAGCUGCUGCCUCACGGCGCCAGAGACCCGGGUUCGAUCCUGA